GACAUUGACGAGUGCACCAGUGGCACUCACAACUGCCACAGUUCAUUUGCUUCAUGUACAAACACAGUGGGAUCCUUUAGUUGUACAUGUAACGGUCCUUCCAGCGGAGAUGGCAGAACUUGCAAUCUACCAUCAGGUGAUAAUUCGCCAAAUAUUAUGGGUAGAUGUCCAUUCACUAAACCCUUAUUUACACUCAUAAGAGGCACAUUAUCCGGUGGGCGGGGGGUUAACUAAAUUUUUGCUGGGUAUGUGCCGCUGGCUUCUCAGAGCUUCUACCCCUUUACCCUUUAUAGUCUAUUCUGUGACCAAUUAUAGAACCUAUCUUAGUCACUUUUGGGCAAAAAAAUAUGUAAUUUUCUCGAUCCCAACUUAGUCACUUUCUUUUUUCAUGAAUUGACCCAUUUUUUAACUAAAUGAAGAACACUUUACUUUUAACCUACAGUACAAACAUUCUGGUACCUUUCCUAACCGUAAAUAUUAAGAACUGUCUUACUCCAAAAAAUACGAAAAUGUGCCAAACCAUUCUAGUAACUCUGUUGAAAAUGCGAUCCCAUUAUAGUCAAUCCGGACUUGAAAAUACGACCCCAUCCAGCGGCACAUUAGCCUCUUAUAAGGAAGUUCCCCCCGCCUCCCCUCCGGGACAUUACUCCAACGGGGAUUCAGUUUAAUGUUAAUAUUACCCAGAUCUGUUGUCGACGAAAACAAAAGCGAGAUCUGGUCAAUUAAUCAAAUUCAAUUUUCUUUUUUUAUUAGUCAAUCAAACUGCCAAGGUAUAGUGGGGGAGUGGCAUGAGUAUUGUUACGAGCGCGCGCUAUGGUGUCUGCAACUAAUUCGUCACAAAAUCUUUUUCUGGUCGUUUCCCCUUUUGCUUGCCUCUUUACGAUGCACGAAUACGUGUAUCGAUCAUGAUCGGCUUUGCACAAGCCAAGGUCCAUUGAAGAACAAGAGAAUGGAAAAAUUUCCUCUUUAAGAUUUCUUAUAUCAAGUAAAUUCUUGUAUUGCAACAGUUCCCUUACUAGUGACUUCUAAUAUGUAGGGAUCGUAUCGUCCAUCAUUCUUCUUCCCAGAGCUUCGAUCCUUUUGCGGGUCAGCGUCGGCGAUCCACGCUGACCAAAAGGAUCGAAGCUCCGGGAACGAGAACGCCCGGUUAGAUUGUGCUUAUAUUCGUUUCGUACCUACCAGACUACGCCAGCCUUUAAAAUUACUGUUUGAGUUUCCUACAUUUCUGUUUUUUUUUUUUUUUUUUCUCAACAACCUCUUAUGCUGAGCAGUUUUUCAAGACAGUGGUUUGGGGAUUAACGGACUAAUUCUUAUAGACAUACUGCAAUAAUGCACUACAUAAUGGUAGUUUCUUGGUGAUGAGGAGAAGAAAACUAAUCAAUACUCACAACACCAAACAAAAGUAUCGGUUUCGGCAACACCAAGAAACACCCAAAAUAACAGAUAGAGUUCAGUACUCCAUAGAAAAGUACAAGAGUACGAUUUUUAGUCGCGACUUGAGCAAGAAAAUAGAAGAGGAUCUGAAACGUUACGACAAAGACCACAUUAGCUGCCAUGAAAUGAAAGGAUGGACUCAUGAUCAGUGGCCAAUUUCAAACUUUGAGCAUCAUCGAUCAAAGGUUUCUUGGUCCAUUUUUUUACGAGAGAUAAAGAAGCUUCUAAUUCAGUCUGAGGAAAAAUACGAGUUGAAAUGGCUGAAAGGUUUAAUGUAAAUACCAUAAAUAAACAUAAAAUGUUAAAAAACUUAUUCACAAAAAUGUCGAAGUUUUUUAACUGAGAAAUCACCAGACUAAUCCAAUUUCACGACUGUUUAUUCAUCGAUCCAAGAAUAAGUUGGUGAAGUGAUUCUUACAUGCACCAGUCACUGACCGGUUUGCAAUUGCGCAAAACUUAAUUUAUAUCAAUUCCCAUUAUGUCGCGUCGCAUCGCAGUUAGAUGUCGCGACACUCUCUUCGAACGUUUUUCCCCCUUGUACGAUUCAGAAUAACCGUGGAAAUUUCUUUAAAUUGGAUAGCUGUUUUGCGAAGGCAGGUAGACACUUAGGGCCUAUUUACAUGGAGGUGGGGGUCCCCAGAUGGGUGAGGUGACCCGCUUAGGUAGGGUAACCCGUCUGUCCAUACAAUCUCUCAUAUGGUCACCCCCACCUAUUAUGUAAACUUGAUCAAAUUAAAAUGAGAGAUUAUAUGGACAGAGGGGUUACCAACUACACGUGAACAGGUCUUUAAACUGUGUACUUGAGGUUGUACAAUGUAUUUUCAUAAUAAUAUCUGACCAAGCUUUGUUAUUUUGGCUACUUUUGUGUUCCCAUUUUUUUUUUCAGUUAAAAAGAAAAAAACCGUUAUUUAGCAAUCCUAUUGAAAUGAAAUAUUUAGCGUGAAUAGUAACAGUUUAUCAGCCUACCUCAUAAAAUGGCUUUUCAGCCAACUUUACAAUUGCAAUUAAUUGAAAGUAUAAUUAUCUACUUUACAAUACGUGAAAUUUAUUGGAAAAAAUGGAAUAA